AUGACAUGUCCAUUGUCCUUUACUCCAACGCAUCUACCAGGAAUUUUAACAUUGAUCUUGAUGUCUACUAUCCUCCCACUCCAAAACAGUCUCAAGAAAAAGGAUGAUGUUCAAGAACCAAAUCUCUCCUCCUUUCAGCAAGAUCCUCUUCAGGACGACGAUAUUCGCUUUUACACAUCUUCUCACUUUAAAUAUCUGCAGAGCUUUCAAGAAAAUCUUGAAUGUACGGAAGAAAAUAUGUGUAUCCUCAAUGAGAAAAUAGAAUCACGGGUCAAAACACUUCAAGUCACUAUUGAAGAUUUUGAAGACACAACUGCUUAUAUCAAAGGACAAGUUGCUCGCAACAUGCGUAGGAUUGAAACUCUAGAUCAGAAAAUUCAUAACACUAUUGAAACUCUCUCCGAUGAAUCAGAAGAUAGAUGGAUUCAUUCAGUCCUUAUCCAAUCUAGACUCCGUCUAUGA